UCCAACACAAAAACAGAAAAACAGAGAAGGAAAUUAGAAAGAACUUAAACCCCUCAAUUUCCUCUCUGUUUCUCUCGAUUUUCUUUCCUCUCUGUCUUAAAUUCUUCCAUUCUUUUAAAGAGGAAAGAAAACCCAUUUGAUUUCUCUCUCUAAAUCCCCAAUUCCUCCAUUUUUUCAUAGAGAAAACGGGCCGCAUUCGCGAUCAAAAACUGCGAAAAAACGUCGAAAAAAAUACUUUUUUUGAUCCAAAAUGGAGAUGGGUGGGAAGAAAUUUGCAGUUUUGUUAUGUGCAGAGGACUCAGAGUAUGUGAAAAAGAAGUACGGAGGGUAUUUUGGGGUUUUUGUGAGAAUGUUGGGGGAAGAAGGUGACACGUGGGCUGUUUACAAGGUGGCUAAUGGAGAAUUUCCUGAUGAUGAUGAGAUUGAAUCCUUUGAUGGAUUUGUUAUUACUGGUAGCUGUAAUGAUGCUCAUGGUAAUGAUGUUUGGAUCUGUAAGCUUUUGAAUCUGUUGAAGAAAUUGAACUCCAUGAAAAAGAAAAUUCUUGGCAUUUGUUUUGGUCAUCAGAUAUUGGCACGCUCAAUAGGUGGAAAGACUGGCCGUGCUGUUUCUGGAUGGGAUAUAGGGGUGACUGACAUUCAUUUUUCGUCAUCAUCAAAGCUCUUCUCAUCACCAUUAACACCUCUGUCUAUAAUCGAGUGCCACAGAGAUGAGGUUCGUGAACUCCCUCCUGAAGCAGAGGUUAUGGCUUGGUCUGCAAAGACGGGGAUCGAGAUGUUUAGGUGCGGUGAUAACGUCAUGGGAAUUCAAGGCCAUCCCGAGUACACAAGAGACAUUCUCCUUCACUUGAUCGACCGGCUUCUCCAACGCGGCUUCAUAGAGGACUCAUAUGCUGAUGAAGUUAGGGCAAAUAUGGAAGAACAAGAGCCAGACAGAGAGGCAUGGAGGAAAAUGUGCACUAACUUCCUCAAGAGCAAAUUAUGAUUAUCAAAUAUUCAAUUUCUGUUCUGAAAUUGAAUUGUAUAUAAGGACUAAAUUGGGAAGAAAAAGUUGACAAAGGGUGUUUUAAUGUUAAAGAGAGGAGGAAUCAGUUAAUUAAGCACACAGCUUAAAAUGAGAUAAAUUAAUUAAGGCUUGUGUGCUAAGUAAGUUGGUAGUAGGCAUCAAAAAUACUUUGAUAACUUAAGAGUAAGUUUAGGCCAAAUCAGUUCUUGAUUUAAAAAGGAGAGCUAGGGUUUUGUUUUAGGUUGAUGGCAUUAUUUGAAUGUAUGUGAAAUUGUGAUUUGGCAAGACUUUACAUGGCAAUAAAAAUUUAUAAGUUGAGAUUA